UUUCAAAACAGAUUAUUGAGCAUAAAGUUUUAGAUAGCAUCAACUAAUUAGCAUCUUUCGUGGAAGUUUGUCAUAGAUCUGACCCGACGUUGGGAGAAUGUGUCUUCAAAAAUAUCGACAGGCUAAGACCGAGAUUACUCAAAGGCAUUCCUGAACUUUCAAUACCUUCUUUCGAACCACUAAUUUUCACGAAAGCCGCACUCCAAAUGGGAAAAGAUUUUUCCGCUGAAUUUUCCGAUAUCAAAAUAUACGGGGCUGAAAAUUUUGUUCUCGAAACACUGGAUUGUGAUGUGGAUAACUUGAGAUUCGAAAUUAUAGCACAAUUUCCCGAACUGAUUACAACGGCAAAGUACAAGGUGAAGGGAAAAAUUAUGAUUCUGCAGCUGAACAGUGAAGGAUACCUCGAAGGGAAUUACACAAACAUCAGAGCACAAUUCAAGACAAAAAGCGAAUUCCACAUGAAAAAAGGGAAGGAGCACCUCAAAGUACACAACGUGACCACCUCAGUGGAGAUCGGCCACAGCAACAUCUACUUCGACAGAAUCUUCGGGGAUAACGAGGCUCUCAACACACAAGUCAACAAGCUUUUCAACGACAAUGAUGGAGCUCUCAUAUCGGAGUUGAAAACCUUAAUGAAUGCCCUUCUCAAAGAGCUCGAUUUAGGAAUCAUCGAUAGACUGUACGAGAAAUAUUCAUUCGACGAUUUAUUUCCCAAUCCAUGAUGGGGUAUUGUUUGUUGAAAAUCGCGAAGGUGGUGGGUGCACUCUUGGCCUUUAUCGGUUUGAUUUUAACUGCAUAUUAAACCAUAAUGGAAAACGAAAAUGAGAACAGUUUUGAUGAAGAUGAUGAUAUGAGAACAGUCCCUUGUGGAAUAAUGAGUUCAUUGUUCUUGAAAAAUUAGUUUUUGAAGACCACAGAUCACUGCUACUUCUUAUAGGAUAGUUGUGUAUUUAAUGAUUGCAACUGAUAAGUUCAUUAAAAUAUGGUACUGUUUGCCCAAUAAGUAUUUCAACAAUUAAAAUCAUUGAAAACUACAA